CAAGUGUUAGGGCUGGUUGAAAAUUGAAGUAAAGAUAAAUGUUUUAGGAUGUUUUCAGCUAAAUCAUGCAGGAAAAGCUACACAUUUUAUUUUCAUUAAAAGUGUUUAAAUUAUAGUUUGACUUCAGUUCUGGUGGUUACUGUUUCGUUUUUAAAUAAUUCCGGAUAUCUCUUCCGGUCCCUGAAGGCAACUGACGUCACACAAAUGGCGGACGGUGUAAACAACAGCUUCCCGGAGGCCGAAGUGACAAACGUGGCUUUUUAAGAUGAGUAACGCGGAGUGUGAGCGGCUGGACAGCCUGGAGGGCUGGGUGGCCGUGCGGAGCAACAUAUUCGAGGAACCCGAGACCUUCAAACUGGGCUUCAUCGUCCAGUGGAGCGUCAUCGAGUCCAAGUUCGCCGUCACCUGCCACAACCGGACGUUACAGCGGCAGCGGCGUAAAGUCCCGGUGUCCGCGGACCAUGAGGUGAGCUGGGCCGGGCUCUUCUCCGUCAGCGACCUCAGACACAUCCACCAGCAGUUCACCUGCGUGGCCGACGUCCUCUCCGCCUGCUUCCCGGACCUGUCCGACUUCGAGGAGGGCAACAUCUGGGACCUGCUCCUCCUCAGCAGCCGGAGGUCCAGAGCCGAGGAGGAGAACGACGACGACGGCCGGGACUUCGACAGCCCGUGUCGGAAGCUGGAGAAGUAUUUCAGCGCCGCCAUCGACAUCUGCGGCCGGAAAAUAGUCCUCGACACGCUGUUCACCCAGGACGAGAAGGAUGUGGAGGAGUACUUCGAAAACAUGCAGGAGUUCAAGAGGAAGACGAUGCAGGAGGAGAUGUCCCGGGUCAAAGGUCACCUGCGACAGCUGCUGCAGAGUCACGGCAGCGCAGACCGAAUGGUUGCGCUGCUCGGCAUCUAUGACGAAGAGGACACGGCCUACCAGGACCUGGUCACUGUGGCCACCACCUUCUUCCAUUACCUGCUGCAGCCUUUCAGGGACAUGAGAGAGCUGGCCUGCCUCUACAAGAUAGAGAUCCUGAAGUCUUUGGACUUUGAGGACUUGGGUCCUAAGAGAAUUGCAGCUCUGGAGACGGAGGCGGAGGAGUGGAGGACGAAAGCUGAAGACGCUGUUGCCUCGAUCCAGGACAUCACUGUCACCUACUUUGCACAGACUUCAAAGGCGCUGGCUGGGAUGUUAAAGCAGAUGGAGGAGGACAAGUGUCGUUUUGGAUCUGCUGCCUGGGCGUCCGCUGUUCCUCGACUGGAGAAACUACGCUUCCUCUUUGCCAAAGAAACGCUGCAGCAUAUGAGAGCCGCAGAGAUGUGCCUCAACCGCAAGAAAGACGGCAUCAGAGAAAGGCUGAGCAGCCUGUCCGGCAGAGGUCAGAGGCAGAGAGCUGAUUCCAGGUCUGCGUCUGACGAUGACCAGCAGCCGGACAGCGUGGACCAGCUGGAACUGCAGUUCUAUGAAAUUCAACUGGAACUGUAUGACACCAAGUUUGAGGUUCUAAAGAAUGAGGAGCAGCUGCUGAUGGCUCAGAUAGACACAGUGCGACGGCAGAUUAAAGAGUUGAAGGAGGAGGUGGUUUACUACGACGUGUGUGAGGAUCCAGAUGAGCUGCAGAGCUUGGUCCACACAGGGAUCCACCAAUCAGACCCUCCGGCUGUCAGUCACCUCAAAAGACGCCUACAGACCCUGGAGGCCAAGAGAGGCAACAUCUGCGCCCGGCGAGCUUAUCUCCGCAACAAAAAGGAUCAGUGCAUGGAUGCUCAAGAGCAGAAGCAUCAGGCGGCCCAGCAGAGCUCCACAGUUUUCAACCAGCAUCAUCAGGUCCACCUGAAACGAGAGAAGAGGAAAGAGGAGGAUCAGAGGAGGAAAACGUGGGUGGACCAGGAGCGAGAGAAGACUCUGAGCAGAUUACGAUCCUUCAGACAGAAGCGACAGGGCCAGUACAUCCUGAAAACUCCUCACUCCAGGCUGUCUCCUUCAGACAUGGCCCCGUGUCCCUCCCAGCCGCUGUCCAUCAUCAGCCUCGACCCCUCUCCCUCAUCCGAACUUCCCUCCCUCCCCUUCCGUCCUGAGCCCAGACGCAGUAAAGCCUCCAAGAAACGGCAGCCUAAAGACAUCCCCGUCCAAAUCUACUCUGCUCCGCCGCCUCCAUCAACAAAUAUCCCUACUGCGCCUCCUCCCCCACCACCUCCCCCACCCCCUCCCCCACCGCUGCCCCCUGCCGUCCCUCCUCCACCUGCCCAGGCUUCCUCUGAGGACACACCAAAGCCUCUCAGUGAAAACGAGGAGCCCCCUUUCCCAGCCAAGAACACACUCAAGCAAAAUAUAGGAACAAUGGAUGAAGUGUUGGCCUCACUGCAGCGCGGACAGAUUCGGCUUCGAAAAGUCCCUGAUCGCAAGACAGCGCCCUCUGCUGAUGACCCAAGGAACAGUCUGAUGUCUGCCAUCCGACAGGGUGUCACCCUGAGGAAGGUGGAUCCUGCACGUGCAGAAGUCCCGAGCAGCGGAGACAAUGAGCUGGAGCGCAGCAUCAAAGCCGCCAUGAUGAGGAUGAAGAAUGUAGCAGCCGACUCCGAUGAGGACGACAGAGGUGAAGAGGACACGCAGAGUGUAGACUGGGACAGCUGAGAACACACACGAACACACACACACACACACACAAAGACACACACACUGGUCUUGUUCAGACCUGGUAUUAACAUCUGUCCUCAGAGAUCUGAUCACAAGUGGACAGCGUUCUGUUGGUCAGUUCACACCUGACAUCAAACUACUGUGUCUCCUGUGAUCACAUCCCCGCUCUAUAUGCAAAUAAUCAUAUAAAUCAAUUCUGAUUACAAUGAACGAUGUUCUUACAGAGGGAGUUUACAGAUGUGUCCGACGACAUUUGUGUGUGGGUGAAAGCAGGAGAAGGAGAAGGAGGUAGAGGGAGAGAGAGGAGGAGGAGGAGGAGGAGGAGGAGGAGGAGGGAGGGGCUAAAUUAAUGAACAUGCAGGUCUGCUGUGAAGAAAGAUUUGAUCAAACUGAAAAUCCAACAUUGAGUGAUGGUCAGU